AUGGCACGCACGGACUUGGGCAAGGCAGGCUGGGACCGGCGAGGAGUCCCUUGGAGAGUCGAGCAUGCACACGACGAGACGAGCGUGGCCGGGGGCCUCAGCGCGGACGCACGCUCACUGGCUGCUGGGGGGAGGUGCUGGCAUGCCGCAUUCACGGCGGGCGAGCAGACGGCUCCUCGUUGCAGCAGACCGGCGCCACAAGCCCGUCCCAAACCAGCGCCCCAGCAGCGAGCGCCGGCUGGUGACGAGGGCAGGCCUGCACCACUCGCCUGGCCGUUUCGAACUGAAGCGAACGGAGGUGCUCCCUCAUCUCAUCAACUCACGAUCUCAGCGCGGCCGGGCAGUCAGCACCACUCAGCGCAGCAGCGUCAUCUGAGCAGGAACAGCAUGAAUCCACCAGUCCGCCGCUACGCCCGUCCGCUCCAGCUGUGCGCGACGAGCCCGCCGUGA